ACGCCAGUCGAGGCCCGCGGCCAAUAACAAGAGUGCUUCUGUCGGCAAUACCAUACAACUCCCCACAUUAGCAACCGCCAUCAUAUAAACCCGAGCACCUCGAAGAUGUUGUUCUGGUUGUCCGUCUUCGCCCUAUCAGCAUUACUGGUAAUGUUGACAUUCCGUUACCGUACCACGCUCAUCCCCUACGUUCCCAACCCGGUCAAGUCGAUGUUCCCGAGACUUGGCCAUUACACACCGUUGUCGACGUUUGCUGAGCAAGCCGAUGCGGGAUUGACCUCCACGAGCUUCGACAUCGAGGCGAACAUUCGGGAGGGCGAUUCGAGGGCUGGUCUGGACGAGCGUGGUACACAGGAGGUUGUGGAGAUUAUGCGUCGUGAGCGAGUCAACUUUGAUCAGGCAAGGCUGAUUAGGCAGAACCGGAUACUGCUUGCCAAUGGUAUCGACCCUUCCGGUAUGCCGCUUGAUGCUAAAGCUGUGACACGCCUCUAAAGAUGCUCCACGCCUCCUGUAUUUUUCUCCUGUAUGUACUAUCUGCCGUGUUGUUGCUUUUGGGCGCAUUGUCGUACCCUACUCUCCUUGGCGUCUCCUUGUCAUCUGCUGCACGCUCCAUCCAUCCGCCUAAUAUCUCGCACUCAAUUUGAUUGCACGCGAUUCGAAUGCAUGCAUGUAUCUCCUUGGUCUUUGUAGGUUGUAGCCGGUAUGUAUCGUCUACAUUGCUGCCUGGGUACUUGAUACUAUCGCCGACUUCCGUCGUCGGAUCCUCGGCAUUAGCACUC